CAUGGCGGAUGUAAACUUUUCUUUCGCGACCGCUCAAUAAAUAUCGACAAAAGUCCUGAAUAAAACAAAAAGCAAAUAAUUUUGGACAUUUUUAAUUGACGUGAAGCUCGCUAGUAGUUGACCAUGGAGCUUGACGAGAAACUCCGAUGGUUGGAGACAAGGAUUAGCUCAUCUCUUCGCCCGAGGCAGGAGGAGCUUAAAAACAUGUUCCUCAGCGAUGAAAACCGAUUAGCCUUCCACGAGUUCAUGAAUAAUGAAGAUGUACGGCGUCUGUUUGUUUUCAUAGUUCCACCGAGGAAUAUCGUCGCAUCACUUCAUCCGCCACCGGAGCUCAAAUCCAAGUCGAUAUUCUUCCUGAAGACAGGAAAUGGUACAAAACUCACCAAAGAUAACAUGAGUGACGAAGUAUAUUACAUGGACUGCUCAGAGUCAACCUUGCAGCAUAUUGACCUGCUGACGAGAGAAGUCUUCCUGCCAAUGUUGUGUGUUGACCAAAAUGUCGCAAUAAAUGCUGGCGUGAACUCGGACAAACUUAUGGAUAUCUUGCACAGACUGAUGGGAACUGUGGAGACAACAGAGGGACAUCUCAAAGGUGAAAUCGUGUUGUCUCUGCCAUCCAUUGAAGUAUUGGCAGAAGCUGCUGAUGCUGUCAAUAGAAGAGUGGCAGUUUUGCAUGUCCUCGAAUCGACUGUCAUAUCGUGGAUAAAACAAAUCAAGGGCGUGUUAAAACACGAUCCAGUCGCUGACCUAAACCGUCUCAGUGGGAAGCAUCCCGGUCCGUUGGAUGAAGUCAACCUCUGGCAGGAGAGACUAGAGAAACUCCAGUCAAUCAAUGCACAGUUAGAUUCCCAGAUAGCGAAGGAUAUCCUCACCAACUUGGAACAAGCGAGCAGCCAGUAUGCUCAGUCAUUUCUCAAUGUUAGGAAAGAUAUCAGCCAGGCCAUUGAAGACACAAACGAUAAUCUAAAAUUCCUGCAGACGUUGAUGCCGUGGUUCCAAGAUCUCCACGACGCCACUGACACGAAGGAGUUCCUGAAAAUGUUUGGACCACUGGUUCACACAGUUUUACUGGUCUGGUGCUAUUCUAGUUAUUAUCACCAAAAGGACAAAUUCGCCAAUCUGCUGCGAGUUAUUUCUAACGAAGUUGUCCACAGAGCUCAUGCUAUGGUUGGAGAGGAUAUCCUUAGAGAACCUCUUGAGUCCUAUUCCAAACUUAAGGAGGCGCUGCGUGUUUGUGCUGCAUUCCGUGGCACGUAUCUUGACGAGCGAGAUAAAGCUGAUGAAAUCAACGAUAGAAAUAAUGCGGAAAAUGCUGAAAAAUUGACAAGCAAACCCCAAGGCCCCCUCUGGUCGGCCAAGAUGUACGGCCCGUUUGGUUACAUCCCUCCCCACUGCAUCCCCAAGAAAAACAAAGAGGCAGACCUCAACGAGGAAGAUGACAUCUACUCCAAUAGCCCAUGGCCGCCGAGGAAUUCAAAGUGCUUCCAGCUGAUCAACAGUUUUAUGGAGAGAUGUAACGAUGUCCUUGAACUAGUUCAGACAACGCGCCAUUUCCGCCUCCUCGCCGACACAGCCAAAGUGGGCGGCGCCGGUACCAAGAGCCUUGACGCCUUGGUCCAAGAGGUCCAUGUUCAAUACACCAAUGCUACGAGGGCCUUCUUCGCUCAGGUGGAUGACGUCCUCAAGAUUGACGGCUCACAGCAGUUUGAGAGCGCUUUCUUUACCUUCAGGACAGUUGUCAAGGACCUGGAGAGGAAGUUGGCUGAGAUCCUUCGCCACAGUUUCCACCAAUGUCCGACCAUCGGUGCCCAGCUGAGGUUGUUGGAGGUGUUCGAGGGAAUCAGCAGCAGGGAACUCGUUCAGGCAAAUCUGAAGGAUAAAGAUAAAAAGUUAGUGAUGGCGUUCACCGACGAGCUGAUUCAAGUGCGAGGGAUGUUCGACCUGCACAGUGCUAAGCCACCGAUUCAUAAGAAUCAACCACCACUUGUUAGCAAGAUGAUGUGGGCCUUCGCACUCAAGGAAAGAAUUAGGGGUCCAAUGGAAAAGAUGAAGAAGAUUAGUCCGCACUCUCUGGAGGGGGACCAGGGGUGGCAAGUGAGAGACCAGUAUGCUGAGGCGAUGCAUGAUAUUGAACAGUAUGAGAAGAAACUGAUAGCUGACUGGGAGGAAGGCAUCACAGCCGAGCUUACAGACAGACUCAAGCAGCCAUUACUGGUUGUUGAAGAAUUUGAAUACACAGAAGAAGAUGAGUUCCCACCUCCCCCAGUGGUCCACGUUAACCUUGACCCUCAGCUUGUGCUCCUGCUCCGAGAAAUCCACCAUCUUUCUGAAGAGCCAUUUAACAUCCACAUUCCGCGGACAGCGCGGGAAUUGCUGAGGAAUACGAAUGCGUAUGAUUUGCAGGUCACGUGCACGAGAUUGGAGACGAUUGUGUCCAAGUAUAACGCUGUCAUGAAGUCAGUGACUGAAGUGGAGCGCCCUCUCCUGGAUAGAAAGUUGGCCAAAAUUGAUCAGCUGUUCGAGCAAGGUCUCUCCACCUACACCUGGAGGAAUGAAGAAAGCAGUGACUUCAUCGAGGAGGCCACAGCGCUCGUCUGCCUUGACGUCCAUCGCAACCUUGACAUUAUUCAGACAAACUGCCGCGAGAUCACAGAGAUUACGAUGUCCUGGUCGAAAGGGACGUUGGAUGUCUUCGCAGCCAGGAAUCUAGAGCGUAGCUACUUGAUGCAUGAAUUGAUUGAGACUCAGAAGAAGCUUGAUGAGGACCAAGAGAUGGCCAUUGUUCCCCUGGGGAUGAAGAUACACAACAUUGUUUCCCUCUCAUUCGAGGCUGCUCAGAUCAGCAAGGCCUCGCCCGCCUGGGAGGACUACGUGGAUUACCUUGACAAUAUCGUGCUGGACGGUCUCAAGCAAAGCACACUGACGAGUCUCAAGACUAUGCUCAACACGAUGGUGCAGUCAAAUUUGGAUGAGGUUGAUGCCAUCCCAAUCCUGACCAUCCGUCUUGAGCUGAUCGAGGCCAAGGUGGCAUUCCGGCCCCCUCUAGACAAGAGCACAUCCAUCACCAGCGUCCAGGAGAGCGUCCAGAUGUGGUUAGACGGCUUCAUCAAUCGCGGCACUCUCGUCAAAAUGAUCGGAAGAAUGGAAAGUUACAAAGACUACCUAAAACAGGACGAAGAGGUUGAGCAAUUGAUGGAAAAAAUCACAAAAGUCGUCCAAAACAACGCAGAAGAAUGCACCAAACUUUUCCAACUCUUCAAAGACUACUCGUUCCUAUGGGAGCAGGAUGUGAACCAGACAUUCAAUGAAUUCCUUCACGGGAAUCUCUCGCCCAAUCCGCUCCGGGCGUCUGCCCAGUCGCACGCUGGUAAACUUCGACGUCUGGCAUCUGCCAGGUCCCAUGCUACUUCAAGGACGUCCUCCGCUAAGAGCAGUAUAGAAGCCGCGGGAGUCAUGGGUACAGCUGAACGUAACUUCCUGACGCCAAAAAACAAACGCAACAAGGAAGAUUCGGUGCCGUCGCUGGACGAGUUUGACAGUGAGAUUGACAUCUAUAAGACUGCAAGAGAUGAGAUCCAGGCACUACAAGAAAUUGAAGACAUCGGAUGGCUCCGAGUCAACAUGGAGCCGCUCAAGCAAGUCUUGAUCACAUACGCCCAGAAGUGGAUGUGGACGUUUACCAAGUAUUUAUCGGAUCAGGUGACACAGAUGCUCGAGACUCUUGACGAGUUCCUGAAGCGGAUUGAGCCGGAGAUCGAAAGUAUCACUGGUGAAGAACGGGACACUGCGUCGUUUAUGAAGAUGAUGAGACUAUUCAAUGAGGUCUCAGCUCAGCAGUCUGAGAUGGAUGGAAAGUUCGCUGCAAUGCGUCGUACCGUCCUCUUGCUCCAGAAAUACGGCCAGACCUUGCCUGAAGACACGGAGCAACUGUUCAAGGCUGCGCCGGGACGGUGGACCAACUUACGUACGAAAGUCUCUCUGGCAAAGCAGAGGCUUGGACCGAGGAUCCAGGAAGAGUCUCGGGGAAUCUCACAGGACCUGGCUUCAUUCGGUGAGCGUGUCAUUGCGCUACACCAUGAGCUUGAUAGCUCCGAUGUCUACUGUCGCGACUGCAGCAUUGACGACGCCUGGGAGAUCAUCCAGGCGUUCAUGAAGCGGCUGGUGGCCCUCGAGGGGGAGGCACAGGACCUCAUAGAGUUGCAAGAACUUCUCGAAGCGUCCGUCGUCAACUUUUCCAUACUUCCACAAUAUGUAUUCCAUUUGAGAGAGCUCGAAAUAUGUCGUCAUGACUUGACGAAUUUGAAACAACUGUGGCAGACAGUCCGUAUGAUCACCGAACAACAGAGCGAAUGGAAGCUCCACCGCUGGCAGAAACUCAGCAUGAAAUUUCUGCGGGAGGAGACGGCAAAGCAACUCGAGAUCGUACGCAGUCUCGCAGACGAGACGUUCACCUGGGACGUCUACAUCGGUCUGCACGAGUCCAUCCAGGUCAUCCAGGCCACGCUCCCCCUGGUGGACGAUCUGAGUAACCCGGCCAUGAGGACGCGCCAUUGGAAGCAGUUGGUUCGUGUGACGGGUGGCGCCCUCCAGAUUGAUAAUGAUACACUGAAGAGGAUGACGUUUGGAGAGCUGCUGGGUCUUGGACUACAGAAACAUGUUGAAGAUGUUCGUGCUAUCGUCCAGAGAGCUGUCAAGGACCUCAGCAUUGAAAAUUCACUGAAGUUUUACGAGGAAGUUUGGUUGAGUAAACUGUUUGAAAUGCGGCAGCACGUCCAGACGAAGGUGAUUGAGGCCAAACCCACAGAGGAGGACGGAGUGCCUGACAACAAAAGUGAAUCAGCCUCCGAGUCACAGCAGUCCCAACAACUUGGGCCAAGUCGCAACGCCCGUGCCACCAGUCGUGUGUCAAAUCAGAGCGGGCAUAGCCGUAACAGGCGGGCCAGUAUCGCAUCCCUGCCACCGUCCCUGGCCAACAUGGAAAUGGACACGACUGAGAUCCAUCUCCUCACCAACACGGACCCGAUCUUUGAUGAGCUAGAAAACCACCAGGUGUCUCUGCAGGCGAUGCAGAGCAGCAGCGCUGCGGGAUCGUUCCUCGACGAAGUCAUGAAAUGGCAGAAACGUCUGCAGACGAUCGAGGCAGUCCUUGCCGUCUGGUUGGAAGUCCAAGAAAAGUGGGCAGAGCUUGAGGAGAUUUAUUCUGGCACUGACGUCAAGAUGAGCCUGUCCCAUGAUGCAACAGUUUUCUCAGCCAUCAAUCGUGAUUUUCGGCUGUUGAUGAAAGCCACGGAGAAGAAUCCGAAUGUGCUGCAGUGCUGUUCAAGGAAAAACAUCUUGGUUAUCCUCGAGAAGAUGAAUAAUCUACUGGAGCACUGUCGUCGAUCGCUGCUCAAUCAUCUGGAGAGGAGGAGGCAGAAAUUCCCAAGGUUUUACUUCCUGUCAAUGGAGGAUGUGUUACACAUUGUCUGCAACGGGUAUGACAUCAACCAGGUCAACCUGUACAUGAACAAGCUCCUGGAGAAUGUUGGCUGUCUCAUCUAUGACAAAUUGGAAGACUGCGAGACAUGUAACUUCCAGAUAACUGGAGUGCAGAGUGCCCUGGGAGAGAAGCUCUCGUUUAUCGAGCCUGUAUUGUGUGAAGGCAACAUUGAAUCCUGGCUACCCCUCCUGCUUCAAGCCAUGAAGACUUCCCUCCAGGUCCAGCUCAGCACAGCCAUGGGUCUGGAGAAGCCUCGGCCCAAGACGCGUGAGAUCCACAGCGCUGGAGCCAGGAGAGUCUCUGUCCCCUCCAGGGAGUCUCAGAGGGAAGGUUCCAAGCCAGGAUCAAAACCUGGAAGUCGUCAAGCUAGUCGACAGGAGCGUAAAUCUCAGAACUCCCAGAAGUCAAAGAAAAGCAAGGAGUCUGCCUUGGAGCAAGCGCCAGCUCGCGAGGACAGGGAGUCAAAAUCAUGGACGCUUGAUCACGUGACUGAGAUCGUCUACCUGGUCACACAGAUUCAGAUGACACAGCAGGUUGAGCAGGCAUUGGCGGACGUUGAAGGCGGGAAUAAGGAGGCGAUUCAGUCAGCGAUUGACAAGCUGAAUGAGACCUUAAAGGCCACGGUGCUGAUGUUGAAGGGUCUUGAAGGAGAGAAGGAAAUGACCACCAGGAAGGAGAAAGCUGGCUCUAGGGCCACGAGCGAAGUCACAUCACAAAAAGACCUCAGCCUAUCAAAGGAGAAGAGCGAAACGAUGUCAGAGAGUCAGUCGAUCAUGGGCCGGAGCCAGAAGACUGCAUCAAACAAGGGCUCGAUGUAUGACCUCACAUUGGAUAAUCAGCAGGCGACGAUCCCUGAAGAGGGCUCCACUGAUGCCGCGGCAAAUAAUUUAAACGUUGCACCUUCUUUACACACACCGAGGUCUGGGGAGCAAACCCCCGGAGAGACGCAAGCUCCUAAUGAGCCAGCAACAGCCGAACCUCUCGACACCAUGAACCUGACCGACAUCCUCACCUCCAUCGAAACGAAACAAGAAGAAGUCGAAGAAGCCGUCGAUAAUUCCGACGUGCGCCUGAUGCUCUUCCCGAGUCAGAUUCAGAAGAUCAGUCAUGUUAUUUCCAUAUUGGCCCACCAGAGGGACCUGCUGUUACGGUUACAGGCUGCGGCAGAAGAUAGUGACAACUUGGAUGGCAGCUUUGAUUGGCAGUCGCAGCUCAAGUAUAUCUUUGUGGAGGAGUCGAGGGACAUUCUCAUCAAGUGCAUGGACACAGAGUUUGAGUAUGGCUUUGAGUACAUGGGGAGCUGUGUCAGAGAGUCCAUCAGCCGCAUGUCGGAGGCUUCCAACCUCAGCCUCCUCCAGGCAGUCAAGAACUUCCAGGGUGGACUUUGUACUGGACCAGCAGGCAGCCCAAAGCUGAACAUGGUCCAAGACUUGAGCAGCGCCUUGGGUCAGCCCCUGUAUCUAUUCAACUGCUCCUUGGCAGUCGACAGCUUCAUGCUACAUGACAUCUUCAAGGGUAUGGCUCUGACAGGCUGCUGGGCCUGCUUCAAUAACCUAAACCGCAUCGAGCCAACUGUUCUCAGCGUCUUCGCACAACUCAUGACGUCGGUGUUGGACGCCAUGCGGGCGGGGAAGAACGCCGCAAACCUCAUGACGGACGAAGUACAGCUGAAUCCAAACGGGGCCAUAUUUGGAGUUUUGGAUUCCGGGAUCAAGGUCACGCCAAGCAAUCCGGAGAAUCUGCUUCUGUUCAAGUCCAGUUUGGCUUUGAUUCCAAGUACUGUAUUAUCCCAGUUCAGGACGGUUUCCGUUGUCAAGCCGGACAUCAACUUGAUCGUAGAAGUGUUACUCUUGAGCCAAGGUUUCUUCAAGGCGCGUGAGCUGGCGCAGAAAGUCGUCGCAGCAUACGACAUCUGUAGAAAACUACUCGGGACGAAUGCGCCAAUUACGGAAGAGGUGAAGCUGGGGUCGGAAUCGAAUGAAGGAGCGCAUGGUUGGAGCUUGCAGACGUUGCGUUACGCUGUUGCUGAGGCUGGUGCGGUUUUGGACGCCCUCUACAGCAAGAGGCUGGAACAAGAGGCUGCCGAGCAGCUGAUGAUCCUUGAGGGUGAUGGCGAGGAGGAGGACUUGGAAGAUCAGGGUCAGGAUGAGAAGCAUGAGAAGGAAGAACAAGAGAAAGAAGAGAAAGGUCAGAGCGACGAUAUCCCUGAGAAUAUGAUCAAGGAUGAAGACGAAGCACUUGUUACGGCUCUCCGCAACACGUUCAUGCCACGCCUUCAACAGCGCGACAGUUCCGUCUUCGGCACCCUCCUGAAUGACCUUUGGCCCGAUGUCGAGAUCCCGUUACUCUUUGGCGGCGCCGAUGAUGAGACGUCGACUGGAGCGUCCGAUAAUCGCAAGGUCAAGGCUGUGGGUCAAAGUUCACAGUCGCAGAACAAGAGCAGAGAUAUGUCAAUCAGAGAAACCUUCAAUCUGAAUACCCCUGUAGUUUCCCUCCCACUCGGCCCGGAGACGUUUGGUACACCACCUGAGGAGCAGCAGAAACAAGAACUAGAGAAUAUUGAGGAUGCCAUCGCCCUGGCAACGCACGACCUUGGACUUCUACCUGGCGCGGCAUUCCAGUCUCGCGUGGCACAGCUUUCCCAGUUGAAUGUCGCACAUCAAACCAUCCUGGUUGUCGGUCCACCAGCAUGUGGCAAAAGUGAAGCGAUCAAGACCUUUGCGUUUGCAGAGCGUGAGCGAGGGAAGAUGAUCAGCGUUCAGAGUGUAUUCACCAAGGCUGUCGAAUCCAAGGAGCUGUUCGGAUUUAUGGACUCAUCAAAAGAAUGGAAGGAUGGUCUACUCCCCAUGCUUGUCCGUAAAUUCUGCGUCCAGCCGGCCACGAAUAACUUUGCCUUCAACGCGAAGCCUUCCAUGAGGAUCAUCCAGCUGGAUGGUCAGGCUGACCCAGGUCAGAUGGAGAUACUUGAGUCAGUCCUGGCAUCGCCUGGUGCCGUUGUGUUUGGGAACAACGAAAGGUUGGCAGUUGGAGAGACCUUACGCUUCAUUUGGGAGACUGACUCGAUAGCUGAUAUGAGUCCCUCCCUGAUGGCCAGUGCAGGCGUCCUCUUUAUGGACCACACAGACGUCGGCUGGGGCAUCAUGUUCACACAAUGGCUGGAAAACCGCCCGGAACAGGACUCGGACAUUGUGAACAAACUCAGCGAGAUCUACAUCAACACCGUCCUAGACUACCUGACUCAAUGUACCAAACCACCAAUGCUGGGUGGGGCUCCUAAAGGGCUGCCACAGUAUAAGAGGGUCAUACAACAUUCGGAGAUCAACAUCAUUGCGACAUUUUGCACUUUAUUUGAGGCCCUAGUCCAACCUUUCAAUGACCUCUCAGUCGAAGAAUACGAGCGGUACUUCGGCUUUGCCAUUGUGUGGGCGUUCGCCGGGACCCUCGAGGUCGACUGCCGUGACUCAUUCAGCAGCUGGUGGAGGCAGACGUUCGAGGAGUAUGUCGAGUUCCCACCAGAUGGCACUGUGUUUGACUACAUGAUCGAUCCAGAUAGCAAGGAGUUUGUCCGAUGGGCUGAUACCGUACCAGCGUACACAGCUCCAGUACAUGAGGGGAUUCCCUAUGAUGCGUUUGUGCAUACUGUGGAUACCGAGCAAAUCUCCUACCUUCUCGGCCUCCUGAGUGACUACUGCAAACCGGUCAUGAUCGUCGGAGAGCGUGGCUGCGGAAAGUCCUCCAUCGUGAUCGACCGCAUCAAAACCGUCUGCUCCGGAGAAGUUGCUGAAGUCCUCGCUUUAUCCAUCAACACCAACCGGUUCACAACUGCGCGGUUGCUGUACCAGAGACUUGAUGAGCGGUUGGAAUGGAAACACGGAAGGACGUACGUCCCAAAAGGCAACAAGAGGUUGAUGUGUUUGGUCGACGACCUCAAUCUUGCUAAGACUGACGAGCAUGGUAACCAAACUGCUGUGGAACUAGUCCGUCAGCACAUCGAUGACGGCGGCUUCUACAGCCCACACAACCAUUCAUGGCGAUAUGUCAAGAAUGUCUGCUACGUGACGACCAUCAACCCUCAAGCGACGGCAAGCAUACCAAAAAUGAGCCCAAGACUUCUGAGACAUUUUGCAAUACUGCAUUGUCCUUUCCCAAGUGGCAACGAGUUGAACUCGAUCUACUCUACGCUGGCUCACACCCACUUCAUUCCUCCAGAGACGUCUGCAGUUCAUCUCACUAACAUGCCUGGUCUUCAGAUUGGACUUCAUGACGACAAACUCAAGGGUCAUAACGUCGUCCGUGAUGAAGAAGAUGCGUUGAAGACUCUGCUGACGACCUUGGUCAAGGUCACUGUGGAGCUGCAGGACAGGCUGCGCACUAUGUACCUCCCCAUAGCUCAGAGGGUGCACUAUGUUUUCAACAUGAAGACACUAUCGACGAUCUUCAGGAACCUUUGUCUGUCCCUACGUCCUGGCUGUAAGCGCCUCUCCCUGAUGCAGCUGUGGCAGAACGAAUGCUUCUGGGCAUACGGUGCUCGCAUGAUCAACGAAGUUGACAGCCAGAGGUACAACACAGCAUUCAGGCGCGCGGUCAAGAAGGAGCUCACCAGUGAUGAAAAUGUCUCUCUUAUCCUGAAUGAAGGUAUGCCAGUCUUCAGCAGCAUAAAACAGGAGGAUUCCGGCAUCGUGACUGCAGGGAACUGGCGUUUGAAUCUCGAUGAUCAAGAGAACAAGACCGACCUGUAUAAACCGGUCAAGAACAUCCACGAGAUGCGGGCGCUGAUUACUGAGGCUGUUGAGGAGUACAACAAGGGCAUGCCAAAGAUCAAGCUGUCACUGUACAAGAGUACCAUCGAAUAUGUCUGCCGUCUCUCCCGAGUCAUCAGCUCACCACACGAAGUCGCUCAUUCCAUUCUCGUCGCCGAGGGCUGCCCAGGGAGAACGUCCGUCAUCGUCAAACUCGCCGCUCACCUCUGCGGCUUCACGAUCUUUCAAAUCCACCCGAGUGCGAUCGCACAGUCGCAUGAGUAUAAGAUCGAUCACUUCAAGAAUGACUUGGUGCAGGCGUACAGCAAGGCUGGGGUCAAGGGUGACAAAAUCCUGUUCCUCAUCCACAAAGAAGAGAUGCUCGAUGCAGAUUUUCUUGUUUUCAUCCAAGAGUUCAUCGUGACGGGAAGUUCCAUCAGUCACUUGUUUUCGUUUGAGGAGCAGACGACGAUAAUCAACUCGAUCAGGACUGAGGUCACACAAGCUGGGUUGACCUAUACGAGGGAGGUCGCGUGGGAUUUCUUCCUGAAUACUGUACGGAAUAACUUCCGUAUCUGUUUCAUCGCAACCGACAGCAGCUCCCACCUCCAGAAACAUUGCCGUCUCUACCCGCAGUUCACGCAGAACAUGAACUUCAUCUGGAUGCCUCACUGGUCCAAGUCAGAGCUCAUCGACAACGCCCUCUACCACUUACUCGACGUUGACUGGAUGAAACCGGUCCAGCGCGAGAACAUCGCACACAUGUUGGCCACGAUGCACAUCGUACUCCGACAGCAGGACGGACAGGAAACCACGUCUGGGGAGUACAAUCACGUCACAAACACGUCCUAUGAGAAGUUUGUAGAGAGAUUCAUCUCCCUCGCCAACGCUCGCCACGCAGACAUCCAUCAUCACCAUGCCAUAGCAAAGAGCGCCCUCGCGCAGAUACAGCGGGAAAACAUGCUGGCGACGCGGCUUAGGAAACAGCUAGAGCAUGAGAAGAUGGUACUAGAGGAGAGGAAAGCAGGGACCGUUCGUAUUCUUGCCCAGAUUGGUCAAGACACAGCCAUCACGGAACAACAAGUCAAGAUUGUCCGCGUCCAACAGGACAAGAUCAAGCGUCUCAAGAAACUCCUACCAGAGUACCAAGUUUCCCACGAGAGGGCGGUAUAUAAAUCUAUCGCUAUCGUCAUGGAUACUAAGAAGAUUAUUACCUCCAUCGACCCGGAGAGUUUGCAAGAGUUGCGCAGCAUGUCGAAGCCGAUAAUUGAUAUCGAGGAUCUUAUGGCUGCUAUUAUUAUCGUCUUGAAAUCCCCCUCCUCUGAUUUAACGUGGCAAAAGGGUGCUAAACGACAAAUGGCCAAUCUCGAGCGAUUCACCGAAGAACUUCUGACAUUCGACGACAAUCAGAUGCCAGAAUCCACUCUCCAGUUGGUGGAGUCAUAUUUGAAGAAGCCAUCAUUCGAUCCCGACACCCUCGAACGAAAGACCAGUAACUCUGCGUGUGGUUCGUUGUCGCGAUGGGUGAAGGGCGUGGCGCGUUAUCAUCGUAUGAUGAUCAGCAAGGUGAAACCUCUUCAUGCCAAGGUCGAGCAGACGACACAAGCUGUUGACAACGCUGAGCACAAGAUGAGCAGUCUUGCGAACAAGAGAAAGACUCUUGAAGUGCGUCUCGCUGAUCUUGCAAAGGGAUUUGAGGAAGCGACCAUCGAUAAAAACGAUCAGGAAGAUAAAACUAUCAAGAUGGACAGGAUGUUGAAGACGUCUGCUCGACUCAAAAAGAUCAUCAAAGGAGAACAUAAGAAGUUCCAACAGAUCUUCCGAUCUCUCGCCAAACGUGAACAGUGCAUCCCAGGCGCCACGGCAAUGGCGGCCGGCUUCCUGACGUACCUCGGACCGUACCACUACACGUUCCGCCGCAUCAUGCUGACUGUUCAUUGGCCGCGUUGUCUGAUUGAGCGUGGAAUCCCGCUCGUUAUCGACAGUAUCAGCCCACACAGAGGUCGAGUAAUUGAAUGGUCCCUCGACGAACCCCGAGCGACUACAACCGGUGAACCGUUAGAUUCGGAGACAUUCUUUGGUAGCGAAACCGACGUUGAGGAGGAGGAUGAGGAGAAUGAGGCGGAGUCGGUGAAGUCUGUUUCAGGCAAGAAUGACGAGACUGGAGAAGAGGAAGCAGUGGAGGCUGAGAAGGUUGAGGAAGAACAAGGCUCAGGUAAUGGAGAAAACUUGGAACAAGAUGGCAACCAGCAGGAACAAGCUGCUGAAGACACGGAAGAAAAGGAACCUGUGUCGCCGAAAGGAUCAUCGCCAAACCCCUCCGGUGGGAAACCCGACUCACCAGCCAAUCAGAAGGAAAAGAAGAAAGCCUCUCCCACAGAGCUGGAGAAAAUCGCGGAGGAAACGGAACCGUCUGAGUAUGCGGAGAGUAAUAUGUCGUUGCCGAUGUUGACGGUGGAGGAAUAUAACCAGUAUGUGCGGAGUCUGAUCAUGCUCAUCGUCGGGGAGCUGAAACUGUACGAGUGGCUGAAGAAUGAUCUUGGUCCAAGGCAGAUAGAGAAUGCAUCAAUGAUCGUAUCAUCAUGGCAACGACCUCCAUUCUUGAUCGACCCAUGCUCCGAGGGCAUUGAUUGGUUAAGGUGGCUGAACAAGCUCGUGAAUGACAUGGGAAUUAUUACACUCGACAUGGAGACGAGCAUGAUCCCGCACAUGGUGGCUGGGAAGGAAACCGUCUGGAGGUCCGACCCACACCUCCUUGUCACUAUUGAGAAGAGCAUCAUGAAAGGACGUCACAUCCUCCUCAAGAAUUGUGCAGAGGAAAUCGACAGUGACAUCAUGCCGUUAAUCUAUCACCGGAACUUCUGCUCUCAGGACCAGGAAAAUGAGGAACCACGCAUGAUCAAAUUCUGCGGCCGUCGCAUCCUGUGCCAUCCACAAUUCCGCCUUUUCCUUGCAACCAAUCUACCGAAGCCGAAGCUGAGUCCUGAUGUUGCGUCGACCACGGAGGUCGUGAACUAUGGCACGUCUGCCGAGACGCUGAUGGAUGAUCUGCUGACGCGGUCGUUUGCUCGAAUUCGCCGCGAGUUGUACCUUGAGAGGCGUCUGGCGCUGCAGACAGCACAGGAGGUCAAAGCACUCCUGGUCCAGGUGAUCGCCUUCAUCAAACUCCAGAUUUACAAAAAUGUCGACUCAAAGGUUCUGUGGAACGAGCAGGAUGUGGAAACCAUCGCAAAUUCGAUCGCGAAGAAAGAUAUGUGUUUCGACACGUGGAAGAAUUCCCAAAGUGUCCUCGGCGACAUUGACCAACUCAGGGAUGAACUUUUCCCCAUCGCCCGCCGUGGGGCAACUUUGUACACCGUGAUCCGGAGUCUUCCCAGCAUCCGCCAGGAGUACCAGUUCACUCUUGACUAUUUCCUCAAGUUGUUUGAUGAAGCGGUGGGGGCCGAACCACCAGAGGAGUUCUACCAUAAAGUAGCUGAGGUUGGUGAGGACAUAAGCCUCCUCGAAACUCCAGUGGUCAGCACCAAGCAACGUCCCAGCAACGUGGACAAUGUCGACAAGGAAAGGUCUGGUAGCGCCACCAAGCAGAAAGAGGAGAAACCAGAUGAGGAAGUCGCUGAGGAUGGGGCUGCGACAGAAGAAGAUGAAAGGAGACCGUCUGCUAGCAAACCAGCGAAACCCGACAAUGGUGAGGCGUCGUUCAUCCAAGCCAUCACAUCGGCCAGGGAAGCGGAGAGCCGCAGCCAGGUCAUCAAUCAGAUCCGAGGUCAUAGGUCACAUGAGAUCAGGAGUGAAUUCCAGGUCACUGACGAAGUCGUCCACCAACUCCAAAGAGAGGCUACGGUCGAAGCGCAAGAUUUCUCGCCGACAGGACGGUUUGGGAACUUCCCAAGUUUGCCGUCAGAGGGCGUUGAGUACACCAACCUGUCGUAUAAUCAGAUCAAGCAGGUCGUUGAUAACUUGACCACGACGGUUUAUGAGAAAAUUAAACAGAGUCUUUAUGAAGAAGAUCGUCUGCUCUUUGCCACGAUGAUGUGCCUGAACAUCCAGGCCGAAAAAGACGACCAAUUCCCUGAGAGUGAAGUCUCUCUCCUCACGCAGGGGAAUCCUGGUCUUAACAUACAGUUAACGCUCGCUGAUUUCAACUGUGAUGCACCGGUACCAACAUGGCUGCCGUCCGAGCGCUGGGAUGAGCUACUCUCACUCUCAGUGCUGCCCGGCGCUCUCGCUAACCUCUGUGUUAACGUUGCGGAGGACUCAGAGAAGUGGGAGGUGUGGUAUGAGGCUUCCGAGGCGGAGAAUGAACUGAUGCCACUGCCACCGAUACCCAAGACACCACACACACAAGACAAAGAUGGAGACAACACCUCCAGACAGAGUGCCAGCCCAGAUACCAACCAGAUGUCUGACCUUCACCAGCUCAUCGUCAUCCGGAUGCUCCGUCCCGACAGGCUACCGCACGCCAUGUCGAAGUACGUCAGUCGUAACCUAGGCCUGGCGCCCCAGCCUGCGCCGACACUUCAUGACAUCAUGGAGAGUAUGGGGAACCACCAUUACGGCAUACUGGUGAUGUUGCCCCCUGGAGCAUCCAGCCCCUCGCAGCAGAGCAUCUCUAGUAUCAAGAUGACAAAGGACUCCCUGCAGACGAUAAGGGAGAUGGCAGAGGAAAUCGGCAUAACUCUUGAAAGUGUCAAAAUGUGUGAAGGUUGCGAGUAUCAAGUAGGCGUCACCAUCGACCAGGCUGAGAAGAACGACGGCUGGGUCGUUAUCGAGGAUCUACAUCUCGCUCCGGAGAAAUUCUUCCGAGAAUUGAAUUACAAUUUGAUUCGAGUGAUGAGAGGGCGUGAGAGACUUGAUGAAGAGAAGCGAAGCCGGAGUAAAUUCUGCAUCUGGCUGACGAGCGAGCCCAGCGCUAGGAUCCCAACGUUCAUGUUAAAGCGCCUCCACAAACUUUCCUGGGAUAACGUCACGAUGGACUUGAUCAAAGAAGGCAGCGGUGGGACUACUAAUGGUGGAGCGCCACCUGGGGAGGGAGAGGAGGAGACAGGAUCACAGGCGCGGCAGUCGUACGGUAAUGGCGGUGACAACGGUGGCGAUGAAGCGCCAUUGGAGCCAGAGACGCUGGAAUAUGCUCCGGUGAAAUCUGUCCUCGUCACUGCCAUUUCCUCGUGUCUGCGAUCGAUCUCCCAAACAACUGCAGACAAGAUUCAAGAGAUGCCCAACGCACAGAAGAUCCUGCCGUACAUUUACGGUUUGGCCGUCUGCCAAGGUGUUUUCCAGGCGCGCCAAGUGUUUGGAUGUCGCGGCUUGUCACAGUGGUAUCCUUUCAACGCCGUCCAUCUUCAACAGAGUAUUGACAUCUUAUUGAAGAGCAUCUAUGGAGAAGAGGAACCAAGUAUCGAACUCGUUUGUGGAAAUAUUUCCAAGAUCGUCUCUCACGUCUACGGCAACAUUGUCAGCAAUGACUGGGAUCGCGACUACCUGUCCGCCAUUUUGAAUUACAUCAUCAGCAAUAUGGAGAAUCCCUCCAUUCUUCUUGGUGACACAGAGAUUCCUGUUCCAGCGGCCAAUGUUGAACUGACAGAGUUUGGCAGCUGGUUCGAUGAACAAAUGAAAAACAAGGAGACCAAUUCUGCAGCUGCACUCGACCUUCCGAUGGAUGUUGAGAGGGUGUAUAAUGAAGCCAGCGCACGGUCGUUCAUCGAACAUCUCGACAGACUCUACGAGACAUCACGCAUGGACACCGGUGACAUUGCACCGAUACCCUUCGCAGAACUCAGUAUGUUCCGCCUAAGGUCGACCAUCGAGCUUUGCAUCGAGAGUCUACCGCCAUUGUUAGAACUCGGCGAUAGGUCAAAGAUCAACAAUGGAGAAGAGAGUUACAACUUCCCGUACCAUUGUCCGAGUGUUUUGAGUUUCUCGACAGCAUCUAGCGUCAUGAUGCCAGAGUCCAUAGGAUAUGUGCUCCUGCAGGAAUGUCUCUGGCUGAACUCCCUGCUGUGUCACAUCCGCCAGAACAUCUUUGAGCUCCAGCAAUGCCUGUUGACCAGGCCGGACUCGAUCUCGCCGAGACUGCAACCGACAGCGAAGAGUAUCCAGCAGGAGAAUGUGCCAAUAACCUGGGUACAUCCCAACUGCCAACCUUGUACCCAUACAUUAUUGACCUGGCUUGCAGAUGUGAAGAAACGCUAUGAUCAGAUGUACCGCUGGGUAAAGAAUGGUAUGGUCCCGACCUUAAACAGCGGUCCUACCCCUGCUCCCAGGGGACAAGUACGCACGAUCUGGCUGGGUGGACUGGUCAACCCACAGGCGUUGUUCAUGGCUCUCAGGCAAGAGAAGGCUGUGCUUAGUGACUGUCUCAUCAACGAGGUGGAGCUAGUGUGUGAUAUCGAUGACCGAUCGACUUCACCCGAUCUUGAAGAAGACGAAGCAGGAGUGUUCGUCAAAGAUCUGCAUCUGCAAGGUGCAUCCUGGGACAGUGGGGCAAAUAGCCUUGCUCUGGCCGAGAGUGACGUGACCACACUUCCACUCAUUCAUGUGAAGGCCAUCACAAAGACGAAGAACUCCUCGAGCCAGGAUGACUUACAGAAAUACAACUGUCCUGUCUUCAUGAACAAGGCCCGACAAGUCUGCUCUCUUGUGUUGCCGCUCUCGUCAAACCUUCCGACGUCAACCUGGGUUAGAUCAGGUGCCGCUCUCAUCAUUGACCCUGGUAUCGCUAAAGGCAGCACAAAACGUACUAAGGCACAUCGCACAAUGAAACAAGCACAGAUGGCGCUGUCUCCAAGAAUUGUCGAUUUCGAAUCGGAAAGAGGUUCGACGGUGUCUCCGUUAGCAGCUGAGAAAGAAAUUGACAAACUGACGCCAUCUAAUCUAACGGCAUCGCAACAGUACUCGUCGCAGCAGUCACAGUUGUCUGGUAAGCCGUUCACCCCAAAGUCAUCACCGCGUCCGCCAGCACUGCAGCUCGAACGCGAUGAAAAACACCUGGAAGAUGACAAGAAUUCAAAGGCCAGACAGAGCUACGAGUACGUCUCGAAAGAAUCUGUCUUGACCGACACGACUGCAAGAAGCAACCGCUCGGAGAAAGACAGCACAAGAUCGCAGACAUCUGACAGAUAUGCUUCGAAACAGAGUUUAGUGAAAUCUGAACGUUCGACAAAAUAUUCAGAGUCAUUUGAGGAAGAAAGUAGGACUGACAAGCAGAGUCGGAUUUCUGAGAGGGUUGAGGAUGAUGCGCGAUCCCAGAAGUCUACAACUUCCAGAGGGUCACAUCGUAGCGAUGCUGGGUCUAGGGUGUCUAAACGUAGUGACACUUCUAGAGCACCUAGUAAGUCUUCACGAGCAGGCAGUACAGAUCAGAAACGAUAUUCUGCAAGGAGAUCCGAGAUGGGGUCGUCAUUGAGCCAGAAAUCUGCAGCAGGGGAGAAGAGGAAAGAGUCACCUGUUUUGCGGGGAUCUCCAGCACGGUCCGAAGGCAAAAAGUCAUCGGUCAUGAAAUCUGAAGGUACAACGUCACCUUCUGUAAAAUCACACAGAGAUUCACCUGUGGGGUCAGAUUCACAAGCCCAGAAAUCGCGGAUGGAAUCGCCAGCUCAGAAAUCCAGGACUGUGUCCCCGGGACAGACAUCGAGGACAGAGUCACCAGCACAGACAUCCAGGACUGCUUCACCAGCACAGAGGUCCACGAUCACAUCGCCAGCUUCCACUGGCAGACAGUCAAAGACCGGGUCAGUAGGGAAGGCCAGCGCUUCCCCUAGAUCAGAAACAGUGGACUCCCCAAGAUCAGAGCGAACGGAGAGUCACGUCGCAGAGUCGCCAGCAAAGUCUGCACAGCCGCCAACACGAAAUGCAGAUGAUACAGACGCAGAUGAUAGGGGGCGUGAUUCUGUGGCUUCCUCUGUUAUAUCAUCACGUCCAGACACUGUGAAGACGGAACCCCUGACGAAGGUCUACGCUGGAAACGAUGGAAAUACGCCAUUGCCUCCAGAGUCGACUGACGGGCAAGAGCCAAGCACUAGGCCAGAAUCGAAGACACCAUCGGCCAAACUGUAUUAAAAUGACCUCUUUCCACUUCAAGAAUGCAAAUUUCCCAUCUUGAUGUGGAUAUGAGGGUGUAUCACCAGUGUUUUUACCAAAAUACAGAAGGGGUGACGAUAUUGCACUCUUUGAAAAGACACAACAUUUUUGAUAUUUUUUUGGGACAAAUAUUUUGAAGAAUUGUAACUUGUCUCUGUGAUUGUCAGAUAUAUACCAGCCCAUUGUGAGUUUUGAAUGAACUUCAAACUGUUUUGGAAAUCCAAGCGGGAAACUCAUUGAAUAUUGGAUGGCACUUUUUGUCUUCAUUAUGAAAGUAUCGGUCUGGACACCUAUUCCAUGAGGUGUAAAGUGUUUGGGUUUCUGAAAAUUUUGGGCCACCUGUUACCUAUAUGACCUAUUUGUCCGCCCACUUUCGCUUGCAUUGAUUUGUUUCAUUUAAUGAAGAGUUUCUAAAUUUAUUUACAUUGUGUUAUAAUGAAUAUUUAUUUUAAGCACUGUGUAUUUAUUUCUUCAAUCAUUUUGUAUUUGACACUUUAUGGGUUGGUCAUGACUACUCUCUCAUAUAGAGAGAAAAUAUCCAGAAUUCAAUAUUCAAAUACCUGUAUUUAAAGAUAGGGGCCUACCGUGACCCUUUUUCAAUGUUCAUGAGAUUAAUGUUGACUAGUUCAAAAUAAGGGCACCAUGAUUGGACAUUAUGAAUGCAAAGUGCUAAUGUUUACAUUAGCAAUUUAUCAACCUAGAUGAUGUAAGCGCCCUGCAUUAUCUGGAGCAUUUGACCGCAUGAAGAGGAAAAGUUAGAAUAUGAGUGUAAUCACUGUGUAUAAUUAUCAAACACCCCUCUGAGCAUCAUCAAUGUCCAAACGUUAUCUUGGGGACAUCUUCAAUGUGAAGCCAAAUUUGCCCAAAUGUAGUCUUGAUGGGGGAGGGGGUUUGCAGAGAGACUGAUUUGAACCAUUUUGUCUAUUUUUGGCUUGACAUAGUUUUGCUUCACUACCUUGUCUCCGUUGGGGAAGAAGGGACAACUUAUUGCUUAUUUUGGCUGAAAGUCAUGACCAAUCGGUUGAGACAAUGUAGUGCUUCCUUGUUCUCAUCAAUUGCUCAGAACAAAACUCCAUUUUGGUGGCAAGUCCCUUUGAUAGCUGUGAUGAAAUACAUGUAGAGACAUUGAGAUAACAUUUUCUGCUUAUAAUCAGUCCGCUUCAUCUUGCCAUUUGCUCUUUGAAGACAAUUCAAGAAAUGAUUCCAUUUCCACUUUACUAAAGAUUCCAAAUUUGUAUAUUCUGUAAACUUUAUUUAGGAGCUCAAAGUUUGGCACAACCUGUCUCUGUCUUUGAAGGUUGUGUCUGACAAAACCAACCAUGAUUGAAAAAAAAAUAUUUUGAUAACAUAAGUGAAUUGAUUAAUUGUUGAAUAAAAUGUUUUUGUAUGAAA